UAAUUACGCACAUUUAUUAACUUAAAGCGUGUAUUUCGAGUUUACAUCGUUACUGUAACGAACCGGAAGGUGCAAUGUCAGCAUUUGUGCGAGUCAGGAAAUAAGCACGUUUUGUUUUACUUUACGAUUAAGCGAACACAUCUCUUCAGGCUAAAUUAGUAUAAAUUCUCCAUACAGUUAACUCCCAGCAUCAAACGUGUCAUACACCACGAUGAAGACACUUGUAGUCGUAUCUGCUCUGGUGUCUCUCGCCUUGGCAGCCCCCUCUACCCCCGGAGAGGGCCUAAAGGACCGUAGUCCAGACUGGCACUACCAAGCUCAGCCUGGCUUAGCCGACGUUAUCAAGAGAGAGAAGAAAUCCCCAUUGGAUACUAUUCUACAGAAUGAAGCAACAAACAUUGAAGAUAUCGACACCAGUGUUCCUGCUCAGACAUCCAGAAGCAUGGCGCUGAAGAAACCUUUGAUUGUUAGAAGAAAGUAUGGACACCACACACUGUUCCGCGAUUCCGAAGAAGAAAAGGCCCUCACCGACUCCCACGAGACUUGCUCCAGACAAGUUAAAGUUAAGCUUUGUGGCGAAGAUCGUGACUUCGGAAGUUCUAGGAGCCAUGUUACUCACGACAGCGAUAUUCACAUGUCCGAAGACGAUGUAAAACAUAGCAUACUGAUGGCAAAAGAGGCUGUAGAGACUUUGCAGCGUGACCUGAAGAAAAUGGACCACCAUGCCGCUAUGAAAUUGCGCACACAUGAAUCAGAGUCUGACACUGAGUUGCAUGAAGAUAUUGAAAAAGCUAGAAAGGCUUUGGAACACAUUCACCAAAAUUUUGGUAAUCUGGAAUCGAUGAACUUGCAGGCUACCGCUUCCAGGGACUCAGAAGCUAUGCAGAAUGUUCAUAUAACUAUUGCGAAAACAGAUGAAGAAAGAAUGGCACAGUGGAAAGAAGCCAUGGAAAACAUUCAGAAAAAUGUUGAGAUAGCUAGAAACAUCGAAGAUAGUUUCAAAGCUGCUAGUCAUCAAGACAGUAUGGUGGUGGAGAAAACUGGAAUUGAAACUGACAAGAAAGAGCAUCAAUUAAAUGAAAAUGUUGAUACUCAACUACUCACAAAUGGUGACAGUCAAAUGCGGUCUAUGGAGCAAACAUCUUUAAAUCACGAAGAAAAAGAAAUUACUGAAGAUAAGACCAUGAACCAAGAAGUAAAUGAACACCUUACAACUCAGAACGCUAGACAACAAGAAGCCACUGAUGUUGAUAUGAACAUGUCUCCUUCUGCUAAUAUUGAAAUGCGUGAAACUGAAGUUAAAAAUCAAGAGUUAUUAGGAAGCGAAGGUCAAGAAGUAGAAGAGCAUGCAAAAACGGCGGAAGAAAAAAUAGAACAUGUUCAGUCUCACACGAGCAUGAAUCUUGAACACGAGACCACUCAUAGCCAUCAGCAUCAUCACCAUCAUCACCAUCACCAGGAGAAAAGCUCUGAAAUGAAUCAACAUAUGUCAAUGGACCAAACUGAACAUCAUACUUCCCAGUUACCGUUAACUGAAGUAACUGAAGAAAGUGUAGAAACUAAACUGGCUCGGGAAAAUGUUCCUGAAUCGGAGAUGGUUGUCCACACCAUUACAAACAACAUUAAGCCAACUUCAGACAGUUUAAAGGAACAUCCACGCACUGUUGAACAAGUUGAUAUCAACGCUGAACAACACUUGAAACAUGAAAAGAGCGCGGAGGAGACAACUAAUGAUAUGAUUGAUUUUCUUGCCAAGUCUGCAGAGCAGUUGAAAGAAGAGGCAAAAGAAAGUGAAAAUGUAAUGACAGAAUCACAAACCAUUUCAGAACUUGGAAAGGCUGCUGAAAUUUCAACUCUGAAUCACGUUCAAAUUGUGGAACCAAAAGAGGCCGUUGAAAUAGAAGAAAAGAAAAUUGAUAGUAUCCCUAAAUCGUCUGAACAUUCAGAACUUAAAGACUUACAGGGAACUGCCACACAUCAUGAAAAUAAAAUGAUGGCUAAGGCGGUUGAACACAAAGAGCACGUGGUUGAUCACAUGGUAGAACAUUUAGAAAUGCCUCACCUGACCACUUUAACAGCGCCCAAACAUGCAGAAGAAAACCACCACCACCACUUGCAUCAUAUUCACCCAGAAAUUGCCUUGGGUCAUGUAUCUCCUAAAAAUACCAUUGAAGAAUCAAUGAACAUUCCGGAAGACAACAUCGAAAAUCACAUGAUCCAGGAACAUGAGAUUGAUCACAUGAGACAUUCUUACAUUCCGGAACACGCUCACCAACCUAAUAGAAUAGGCUUUGCACAUGACUACGACCUUUCAAGCCACGGCCAACACCAGGUGCAUCCUUACCCCUUGAGAAAUCACCACAGCAUGAUGUCACAUCCCGGUAUGCAUGACUUGGGUAAUUUCGGAGGCGUGCACUCUAAUUACCAUGGAGGUAUGAGGGAAGCUAUGGAAGGCCUUGGGUCCGAGCACAACUUCCGUUGGCAGCCCACACACGAGUCUGCUAGAGGAGCUUAUGGAGCUGGUCUGUCAGGCUCCUUAGGGCCUGCUGGUGGAGCUGUCGGUGUAUUCCCGACCGCAAACACCGGUGGUUGUGGCAUCCCCUUGCUGCUGAGCUGUUCUCCAUCUGUAGUAUCUGGCAGCUUGGCCAAACCUCACUCCAUCGGUGGCUCGUACGGACCCUCGUACAGAAAUGAAGAGGACUUCGGAUUCCACAACAAGCGUGACAUCAAGAAGACAAACGAGCACAGAACUACCAACACCCUGCGCAGCAGCGCCAUCAUCAAGCAGAAGACUCCCACAUUACUAGACACUAAACAAUAACGUGAUUCAACGACUAUUGGAAAACGGAAGCCGACGAAGUGAUCCACUAAUUUAUUUAUUUAAUUUUGUACUCAUUUUUCUAUGUUUUUAAAACAUCACAAAGGUAAUAAAGCAUUUUCUUAAA